AUGCCUCACCACAUCCUCAGGCCUCAAUCCCAGGCAGGCAAGGGCCCGUUCCUCGUCCCACAACAAUCCCGUCACACACUCUUUACUCGUCGUAGACUCUCCACUUUCUCCCCUUCCUCGUCGGCGACCGGCCUCCUCUGCUUUCCAGGUCGGAACAAGACCACUGCCAUGUCGCCCAAGAGCGCCACCACAAAUGGCACCGCCAAAGCGGCUUCAGCUCAACCCGUCAAGGUCUUUGAGCUCCCGCUCGAGCAGGAUGGCAGCCCCAACCAGCAGAGGUCCUAUGUCAGGCUGCCCGCUCCCGUGCAUCCCUACAUCCUCCGCUUCUCCAUCGAAGCAGGCGCAGACGCUUCCAUGCAGGCCAUCCUCUGCACAAACUACUCCAACAAGCGCGCCACUUUCGACCGCACCUCCUUCGACAACUACCUUUUCACCUCGUCCGCUUCCUCGUCCAACACGGUCGAUCUCCUGAUCAAAACGGCGGGUGUCUUUGAGUUCUACGUCGAAUAUGCCGCCAGUGCCAGCGAUCAGCAGGACGCAGACCUUUUCCACCACACCCAGGAUACAUCAACCCGCAAGAGGGGCAAGAGCGGACACUUCAACGUAGACCCCAUCCUCAACGUUGCCGUACGCAAGCCCAUCCUCAACGACGCAUGCAAAGCCCUUUCCUCCAAAGACGGCGGCGGCGCCGUCACGUCCACCUCAGACUUCCUCGCUCUCGACGGAAUCGUCCUGCAGACCCUCGUCUCCAAGUGGGCUGGCCCCCUCUCCAACUGGGGCGUCCAUCUCGACUCGGCCCGCGACGCAGGCUACAACAUGAUUCACUUUCCUCCCCUCAACGUGCGCGGCGCUAGCAACAGCCCUUACUCGAUCGGAGACCAGCACGACUUUUCCCACGACCUCUUCCCCGAAAAGCUCCAGGGUCCAAAGCAGAAGGCCGAGCGCGUCGAACAACUCAAGGCGGUUCUUGCCGACAUGAAGUCCAAGCACGGCAUCCUCAGCAUGAGCGACGUGGUCUGGAAUCACACAGCUCACAACAGCGAAUGGCUCAACCAGCACCCGGAUGCUGCAUACAGUCCUGCUAACUCCCCGCACCUUCAACCCGCCGAUGAGCUCGAAAAGGCUCUCUUCGAGCUCAACCGUCGUCUGCAAGACUACGACGUCCCAGCAGAGCUGCGCUCCGAUGCCGACGUCGCCAAGCUCAUGGAAGCGGUCAAGCAGCACGUCUUGGCUCCCCUCAACCUCUGGCAAUUCUACGUCAUCGAUGCAAAGGCUGCCAAGGAGAGCUUCACCAAAGAACUUGCCUCCCGAAAGGGCCAGAACAACUCCAAGGCAGCUUCGCAAGCCACCGAUGGCGCCAUCAAGACCAUUGCGGCCAAAGUCAGGUCGUCGGCCGUGUCGAACGAGAUGACCCUCUCCGAUCGAUACGCCACCACCGUCGACGCCGCAAAGGCACUCGAAAUCGUACAGGCAGUCCACCACAGCAUCGAAAGCGAUGAAGCGUGCGUCGACUUCUUCGCAAAGAUCGUCGACGAGAUCAACGCCUCUCUGUACGCCACCUACGACGACGACGUCAAAGCCAUCCUUAGCAACAUCGAGGGUCGCGUCAAGUUCACCCGCCUCGAUCCGAACGGUCCCAAGCUUGGCAAGAUCUCCGAACAGAGCCCCUUCUUCGAGCCCUACUUUACUCGUCUCGACCCCAAGCACCCUGACGCUGCCGCACGCGAUCCCAAGGAGCUCUCUCUCGCCAACAAUGGCUGGAUCUGGGCUGCCAAUCCGCUCGAGGACUUCGCCUCCAACAAGUCUCGCGUCUACCUCCGACGAGAGCUCAUCGUUUGGGGCGACUGCGUCAAACUCAGGUACGGCUCCGGUCCUCAAGACUCACCCUACCUCUGGAAGCACAUGGAAGACUACACAAAGCUCCUUGCUGCCAACUUCGACGCGGUGCGCAUCGACAACUGCCACUCCACUCCCAUCCACGUCGGAGAGCACUUCCUCGACAUCGCCAGAAGGGUCAACCCCAACUUGUACGUCUGCGCCGAACUCUUCACCGGCAGCGCCGAGAUGGAUGUCCACUUUGUCAGCCGCCUCGGUAUCAAUUCCCUUAUCCGCGAAAUGGAGAACGGCCACGAUCCCAAGGAAGAGAGCCGUCUGCUCUACCGCUUUGGCGUCAACAAACCCAUCGGGUCCGUCGACAGCGCUUGCCUCACGACCCCUGGCAAGGUCUCUCUGCCCGAAGCGGGUCUCAAAGACGCCGACUGCCUCGUCGAGCAGCUCGGUGGAUCCAGCCCUCAUGCGCUGUUCAUGGACGUUACGCACGACAACGAGACUCCCACGAUGAAGCGCACGACCGAAGACGCCAUCACCAUGGGCGCACUCGUCGCCUUCUCCUGGUCUGCCAUCGGUAGCACCAAAGGCUUUGAUGAUCUCUACCCCAAGACCCUGGAUGUGGUUCAGGAGAGCCGACUCUAUCGACCCGCUGCCAAGGCGGACGAAAGUGGCAUCGGAGCCAUCAAGCGCGUUGUCAACCAUCUCCACGUCGAGAUGGUCCGCAAUGGCUUCUCCGAGGGACAUGUGCAUCAGGAAAACGACUACCUCCUUAUGCACCGCGUGCACCCACAGACGCACAAAGGAUUCGUCUGCCUGGCUCACACUGCUUUCCACAAAGGCUCGCGCGACCGCGGCCAGGCGGGUCCUUUCAAGCUCGACCGACAGCGAGUCACCUACGUUCUGGGCAAGACCCUCGAGGUGACCAGCACAGAGGCGCCGCAGGAUGCAAAGUACCUUGACGGUCUUCCGUCGAAGCUCAUCGAUCUCGCUGAGCCAGAGGUCCGCAUCAACGAGGAUGGAGGACGUCUACGCUACUCCGAGAUCGUCGUGCCCGACUUCUUCCCUCCCGGUAGUGUCAUGCUCUUUGCCACCGAGAUGGACAGCAUCGAUGCGGACAUCGACUCGCGAUGCCUUUCGGGCGCAGACGAAGCUGUCGCCAACCUCGACCUGGUCGACCUCAACGCAGUCCUGUACCGUGCUGACGGUGAGGAGAAGGACGUUACCGGCGGCAACGACGGCGUCUACACCAUCCCUCAGUGCGAGCCCAUGGUCUACUGCGGUCUCGAAGGCUGGAUGGCAGUCCUGCGCAAGGUCAUCCAAUCAAACGACCUCGGUCACCCGCUCUGCGCGCACCUGCGAGACGGCACCUGGGCUCUUGACUACGUUCACCAGAGGCUGGAGAAGCAGAUCGAUGUACUGCCUCGUCUCGGCGAGCUUGCCAAAUGGCUCGACGAGCGCUUUGAUCUGAUCAAACGCACCGCGCCCAACUUCAUGAGGCCCAAGUACUUUGCCAUGGUCAUCAAAGCCGCCUACGACGCGGCAGUCCGAAGGGUGAUCACGCGCAUGUCCCCCAUCAUCAAGGACGGCCACGACUUCAUCAAGGCGCUCGCCCUCUGCUCGGUGCAGAUGAAUGGCGUCGUCAAGUCCGCCUCGCUCUGGCCUGAGAAGCAGGUAGCCUCGAUGGCCGCUGGUCUUCCAUUCUUUGCUGCUUCCUGGGCCAGGCUGUGGGGCCGCGACGUCUUCAUCUCCCUCCGUGGCCUCUACCUCGUCACUGGAAUGUUCGAGGCGGCUCGCGAACACAUCCUUGCGUUCGGCUCGACACUCAAGCACGGCAUGAUCCCGAAUCUGCUCGACUCGGGCCGAACGCCGCGAUACAACUGCCGAGAUGGACCGUGGUUCUUCGCUCAGAAUGUGCAGGACUACACCAAGAUGGUACCCAAGGGCGAAAGCAUCCUCAGCGAGAAGGUGGCUAGGCGCUUUCCCCUCGACGACGAGUGGGUUCCGUGGGACGACGCCAAGGCCUACGCCCACAAGAGCACCGUCGCAGAACUGAUCCAGGAGAUUCUGCAGCGCCACGCCUCGGGCAUCCACUUCCGCGAGUACAAUGCUGGUCCCGCGAUCGACAACGACAUGCAUCCCGAGGGCUUCAACAUCGACGUCGAUGUCGAUUGGGAGACCGGCAUUAUCUUCGGCGGCAACGAGCACAACUGCGGAACGUGGCAGGACAAGAAUGGCUCGUCGGCCAAGGCGGGCAACAAAGGAGUGCCAGGCUCGCCUCGUAACGGAGCUGCGAUCGAGAUCACGGCGCUGCUUAAGAGCACGCUGUCCUGGAUCGUUGACCUGCAGAAGCGCGGCGUCUGGAAGGAGGCCAAAGGCGUCGAAGCCGUAGUCAAGGGAAAGAAGACGCUUGUCACCUACGAGCAGUGGGCCGAUCUGCUGCAAAAGUCAUUCGAACGCGCCUACUACGUUCCACUGGACGCCAGCGAGGAUCAGGCUUACGACCUGGAUUCGAAGCUCGUCAACAGGCGUGGAAUCUACAAGGACGUGUACGGGUCGUCCAAGGGACGCGAGUGGGCCGACUACCAGUUCCGCUCCAACUUCCCCAUCGCCAUGUGCGUGGCUCCCGAGCUGUUCAAGCCCGAGCAUGCGUGCAACGCGUUGAACAAGGCACGCGAGAUCCUGGUCGGACCGCUGGGAAUGAAGACGCUGGAUCCAUCGGACUGGAACUAUCGUCCGAACUACGACCAGCGCGAGACGGAGGAUGCAUCGACGUCGUGCGGGUGGAACUACCACAAUGGUCCUGAGUGGGUGUGGCUGCGCGGCUACUAUCUGCGAGCUGUGGCCAUCUUUGGUGCCAAGGCGGGCGUCGAGCGCUCGGUGAUGAACCACCGCAUCAACACGCUGAUGCUCGAGCACAGGCAGCACAUUCGUAGCUCGCCGUGGGCAGGGCUGCCCGAGCUCACCAACGCCGACGGCGCUCACUGCUCCGAUUCGUGCGCCACUCAGGCUUGGAGUGCCGCUGCGCUUCUGGAUGCACUUGAGGAGAUGGCCAAGUGA